AUGAGUGUCUACCUUAUGCAUGACACAAGAUCCUUGGCCCUGCGCCGAACUAGCAAAAGUUUCGUUUCAAAAGGGGUGCCCUCCCGGGGUAAUGCCGUUGUAGAUAAAUAUCUCCAGAGGCGGGCUGCGUUGGUGCAGGAAGAGCAGGAACAACGACAUGACUAUCAAUUCCGAAAGUUACUAUCGCCAACGGCCAUUCGCGCGUGCGAGAUUGCCUCCCAGAUUCGUGCGCGAGAAGUGAAAGAUGUGGAGGAGGCACUCCACUAUCGUGAUAAUGAUGAUAAGGCUCAUCAUAACAAGGGUGACCUGCAUCCCAAACUCUGGGAUAUAGUCAAACGGAUGCCGAAGGGAUCACUACUUCAUGCUCAUUUAGAAGCCGUAUUCGAAGUUGAGUACAUGAUUGACCAGUGCAUGAGCACGCCAGGGAUGUACAUGACUGCCGAGAAACCCUUCCUUGUGUCAACCGAUUUUCAGGAAGCCGCAUUCACAUUUCAGUAUGCUUCGUCGUCAGGGAUUAGUGAGCACCAGAAGCAGUGCAAUUCCAUAUGGAUGCCCAAUUAUGAGAGCUCGUCUUUAAUUCCAGUCCACAUUGCCACUGCCUCAUUCCCGCAGGGCGGCAAGGCUGGCUUUCGUGCCUGGUUGAAGACUCGCUGUGUUUUCAUGCCAGAGCACUUAUCUACACACGAUCAUCACAGGUCGGAUAGGAUUUGGGCUGUCUUUGGACGUGUUUUCCCCAUCAUAAUCAGUAUCUUGUCAUACGAGCCCAUCUUCCGCCGUGGCUUCCGACGGGCACUCAGUCAGCUAGCUUCAGACGGGGUCCAAUACGUUGAGUUUCGAAUGGGUGGCUGGAAUCAUUUCCAAAGCGAAGGGUCUGAUGUCCCGUCUGCAGAUCCGUUUAAUAUAUACCGGGUGUUAGAGGAGGAAAUACGGCUUUUCAAAGCCAGCGCGGAAGGAAAACACUUUCACGGAGUACGAAUCAUCUACGCCGCCAAACGGUCCUACAACGUGGAGAAGAUCAUGGAUCGAAUGGAGAUGUGUAUCCGACUGAAGCUACGAUUCCCAGCAAUGAUCUGUGGAUUUGACCUGGUCGCUCAUGCCACGCUGGUGUGGUUUCGACGACGGUGCCAUGACGAAGGGAUAGACGAGAUUCCUCUUUUUCUACACGCAGGUGAAUGCCUUGGUGAUGGCGACGCAACGGACCAAAAUCUGUUUGAUGCCAUUCUCUUAGGAAGCCGGAGGAUUGGCCAUGGAUUUUCACUAUACAAACACCCGCUCUUAAUUGAUAUGAUCAAGCAGCAUCGGAUUUUGAUCGAGUGCUGCCCCAUCUCCAACAAGGUUCUCAAUCUAACAAACUCCAUCAGGUCUCAUCCUUUACCCGCACUCUUGAGUCGUGGUGUUCCGGUGGCACUCUGUAACGAUGAUCCAGGCAUCAUAGGGUGUAACACUGGCCAGCAUGGAGGAGUAAAUGGCUUGACCAACGACAUCUUCCUGACAGUGCAGGCACUAGAGAAUCUGGGAUUGUCCGGGUUGGGCGUGAUGGCGGAGAACUCAGUGCGAUGGAGCUGCUACGAGGAUCAAUCCACUGAAGAGUGGCAGGCAGGUAUCCAAGAUGGACGUGAAGGGAAUGGAUUAAAGGCGACUCGUCUCCAGCAAUGGCAUGUACAGUUUGAGGAAUUUUGUAAGUGGAUUGUCACAGAGUUUGGGGAAGCCGAAAGCGAACAUACACUCCAUCUCUCACUGUAG